UCUACUCUCUAGGCGCCUCCUCCUCCUCCUCCAAACAUGGCGCCGGCCCGCAGCUGUGCUGCCUCCCCGACAGACGACGUAGAGAGGGACAGAGAGAGGAGAAGAAGAAGCGGAUAGAAACUCAUCCUGAACGUGUUUUAAAAACUUUUUUUUAAAACGAAUACAACUUCACGCUCUUUAAGGUGUCCAUUGGAGACUUUACGUCCAGCUUGUGGAGACGUUUAAGCGUCAGGCAGUGCGCGUAACGGAGAACCCACCUGUCCGACGAAGGUAGAUUUCGCUCCGUUACUUCUAGGAUGUGAACCUCCCUGAUUUAUGUGAAAUAACGGGGCAGACCGAGCAGACAGACGGGCAACUUGGGGUCAGAGCUGGCUCUGGUAAAAACAUGUGCAGCCCUCUGAGGAGCAGAAACACAGAGGCUGUAGAGGACUGAGUCUUUCCAGGGGAAAAAAAAAAAACAACAACUUUUUCCACUCUUCCACACCGAGAGGAUGGAUGGAGAACAUUCUGCGCUGUCAGGAGUUGAGAGGGAAAGAGAGAAGCUUCCACCAAUUUACAACGGCUCCCCUCCUGCUGGUUUGGGGCGAGGAGCCAAGCAGCCGUUUCCAUCUCUAGGCACCUUCAUCUCCACACUGAGCCAGAGGAGGGACGUGGGGGGACGGGGCUUGGCUGGCGGCUUGACGGGCACCCUGAGCAGCACCCUGGGGCUCAGACACGGGAGAGAGCUGCCUCCGAUCUGUAGUGAUGUUCGUCAGAAGCAGCGCCUCUCCAUCGACACUCUCCCUCCAGAGGUCAAAGCUCCGUUCCCCUCCGAUCCCAUCAUCCCCCUGCGUACCAAGACCACCAAGGAGUUUCAGGAGGAUAUGGAGCGUGCCGUCCAAUCAGGUGACUGGAGGGAGGUCCGAGAGUUUUACCUGACCACCUUCGACUCCUUCAUUGAAAUCAACGCUGCCUUCAAGCGAGAGGCAAACGGAUCGUUUAACACCAUAGACGACUCAGGAGUCAACGCCAAGUUUGUCAACACUGUUUAUGACGCACUGCUCAGCACACCUCAGGACAUCCAGAAGUCAGUGUUGAAAGGGAUCAUCAACAGCUUGCUGAGGGAGUGGAAAGGGCCUCGGACAAAAGAUGACCUGCGGGCUUAUUUCAUUCUGGUUCAGAACCCCCAGUAUUCAAGCACCAGCACUUAUGUGAUCUACGCUCACCUGCUGAGGCAGAUCGCAGCUUUGUCUGAGGCUGAUCACCACUUCCUGGUUCACUGGCUCAAGAAGCUGUCGGCAAGGCGUUUCAGGCAGUUGGUGGAGCGCCUCCUGCAGUUCAUCUCCACCCGCCUGUUUCCUGCAGAACCAGAUGAACUUCCUCCUCUGGCCAAGUGCUCCUGGUGGAUUCCCUCUGCUACCAAAGUUCUCAGCCUGUUCAAUGCAGCCAACAGCGUCUCUUCUCCUCCCAUCAUGCCUUUCACUGACUUUUACAACAUCACUCUUGAGCACAUAGACUUCAUGGAGGAGUACAGGACCUGGCAGAACUAUGGCAACUCAAAUAGAUUUUCCUUCUGUCAGUUUCCCUUCAUUCUGUCAACGGUGGUGAAGAAAGCCAUCAUCCAGAAAGACUCUGAGCAACAGAUGAUCAGUCAGGCCAGGCAAAGCCUGGUCAGUAAGGUUUCUCGCAGGCAGAGAGUGGACAUGAAUCUUCUGUUCCUCAACAUUAAAGUACGACGAGCACAGCUCCUCAGCGACUCACUGGAUGAGUUGACGAGGAAGCGGUGCGAUCUGAAGAAGAAGCUGCGGGUGACGUUUGUCGGGGAGGCGGGGCUGGACAUGGGUGGUCUGACGAAGGAGUGGUUCCUGCUGCUGGUCCGACAGAUCUUCCACACAGAUUACGGAAUGUUCACCUACAUGAAGGACUCGCGCUGCCAUUGGUUCAGCAGUUGGAAGUGUGACAACUAUUCUGAGUUCCAAUUGGUUGGGACCCUGAUGGGCUUAGCAGUUUACAACAGCAUUGCUCUGGACAUCCACUUCCCUCUCUACUGUUACAGGAAGCUCCUCACUCCACCUACUGUACCAUGUGACCAAAAUGCCCUUGUUGGCAUGGCAACCGCCACCCUGGACGACCUACAGCAGAUCAUGCCAGAGCUGGCUCAUGGUUUGGGAGAGCUGCUGAGCUAUGAGGGAAACGUAGAGGAGGACUUCUACCUCACCUUCCAGGUGUUCCAGGAGGAGAUGGGUGUAGUCAAAUCCUACAACCUGAAACCUGGAGGAGACAAAAUCCCUGUCACCAAGCAGAACAGGAAGGAGUAUGUCCAGCUCUACGUCGACUUCCUGCUGAAUAAAUCCAUUUAUAAACAGUUUGCUGCCUUCUACCAUGGCUUCCACAGUGUGUGUGCUUCUGAUGCACUCAUGUUGCUGCGGCCAGAGGAGGUGGAGAUGUUGGUGUGCGGCAGCCCGGAGCUCGACAUGAGCGCCCUGCAGAAAGCCGCUCAGUAUGAAGGAUACAGCAAGACCGACACCACAGUACGGUGUUUCUGGGACGUGGUGUUGGCCUUCCCUCUGGAGCUGCAGAAGAAGCUCCUCCACUUCGCCACAGGAAGCGACCGCGUUCCUGUCGGAGGAAUGGCCGACCUCAACUUCAAAAUCUCCAAGAUCGACGUUCCAACUGACUGGUUGCCGAUCUCUCACACCUGUUUUAAUCAGAUCUGUCUGCCUCCGUACAGAACCAGGAAAGAGCUCAAACACAAACUCACUAUCGCCAUCUCCAAUGCUGAGGGCUUCGGCCUGGAGUGACCAACCUACACACACACACACACACUCACACACACUAAUAGCAAUGCUAGCUAUCUGUCCGCCACAGCUACCACAAUGCGCCUUAUGUAUCUCUGUGGUCACGGAUCAGACUAUAAAGGGAACAAGUUUCUCAACAGGAGCGUUCUGAUGUCAAACAAUAUUAUGACAGACUGUAAUACAGUUUGUAUAGUUAAACUGGGGUUGGACUUGUCAGUUUGCCAACUUCUUAAAUGUUUAGCAGAUAACAUGGAAGCUUCCUCCUGACACUAGACACACUAGAAAUUCUGUGAUUUGCACAUGGACUGUGUUAGUUUUAUAUAUCAGUAUAUGUCUCAUAAAAAAGAGGUAACUGUGUCAGCCUUCCAAAAACUUUACGGGUCAAAUUCUAGUUACAGUUCAUAAAUAUUUCAGAUAUUUCUGGUCUCGUACCACUGAAAACAUAUCACUCAUACUAUAUCAGGUUAUUUCCCCAGUGUUCUCUAGAAACCUUAUAUCACAAAAUAACAGACUUCUUAUAAAUUAUGAAAAGGUUGCUAGUUUGUUCAGGAAAUUAUCAAUAAUCCUAUUUUUCAAACAGGACACCAGGUAUUUGCCCUCCACUGACAUAUCAUUUCAUGACUCUAUCCAGAGUAAACUGAUUUAGCAGAGAAUCAGUUAAAAAUGCUCAAAUUGCAACAUUUUAGUAGGCAACAUUUCAUCCUUGAGUAUUCAGCAUGAAUUAGAUUUAAGUGUGAGGUGAAGAAAUAAUUUUUUAAGGCAGCAGAAGUGAAAUGAAUUGAAAUAUAAGACUUCUGGAGGGCACUCAAGUUUUGAGAUGUAUGGGUUUGAUAUUUGUUGUUUUGUGUUGACUCUGACUCCACUGCUUUGGUGACUUUUUAAAUAUAUUUUUAUGAAGGCAUAGUAAAUGUGUUUUAUAUAAUUUUUGCUUUGUUUGCAGCACACUGUCAGGAUAUAAAGCUUUGCUGGGAGAAGAAUGCUAUUGUGUAUCGUGAGAUGUAGAUUGUUGUUUUUUUGUGUGUGUGUUUUUUUUUUUGACAUUGCUGCCUGUUUUCUCGAACAAAAGGCCGCAGCAUAAAUGUUUUAAUUUUGUUUUAAAUGUUGUGAUAUUAUGACACAGCUGAACCAGAGCUGUUGAUUGACAGUUCAGUGUUUGUUUUUGUUCUUUUUUUCAUGUUGUAUCAUUGAAAAAUGACCAGCAGCCUGCAGACAGACGCUGGUAGAUGUUAACUGUUAGUUGAGUGCUGAACAGAUGAUGAAGCAGGAUGGGAAAAGAAACCAUCUUCUGAAUGUCCUGUUCUGUUAUUAACAUGUUUGCAGUCAUUAUUGAGAUGUCUUGAGCAAUUGUGACCAAGCAUUCACAGAUUAUUACGUCAUACUAAUCACACCUCUGCAUGCAGCUUGAAUUAAGCAUUUUCUUAACCACUGGCAUUCAGUGCCUGCAAAUUUCCUUACUGGAACAAUCUUUGAAAUACAAACCCGCUGCAUGUCCUCAGAAAAUCCAAAAUAACAUAUCACUUUUUCCUCAUUUAACAGUUGGACAUCUGCUUUAAAGGUUCUGUGCUUUACCUCGAGAUUUUCAAAUUCCUCUUCUUUCAAGUGGGUACUUACUUUCAAGAUUCAGUUAAGGCACUUUAUGAACAGAUAUGAGUGCUUCUGGGUUUAGUUUUUUUGUUUGUGGAAAGCUUUCACUCGCUGUGUUUACAUGCACUUAUAUAACCAGGUUACUGUGGGAAACUAGGUUACACAGGUAAAUGGAGAGAUUGUCCAGGAGAGAUCCAGCAGGGGAAACUAGGUUUUUCCAAUCCCCGAUGAAGAUUACAGAAACCAGGUUUCUUAUUUACACAAUGUGUAAGAAGUCAGCUCACUGGAGAAACCUGACUGUAACCCGAGUGCUAAAUACAUGUAAACUUGUUAACAUGUUAAUUUGUGGACAAAAUGCUAUGGAGACAUCAACUCCCUGGAAAACUUUGUGAUCUUAUCCUUGAGUGGAGAGUGUGGACAUACAAUGUACUGCAUAAAGCCAUCACAGUUCUCAUCACAAAUAUCCUGUUUGUCAGAUCAAAGUGCCCCUCUAUAUCUGUCCUAUAGAUGUUAUUUCACUGGGACCUUAAGUCAAUAUAACUUUCAAACAUUGGGUCAGGACAGUACUGUAUAAAGACAGACAUGUACCACAAAAUGCUGGUGGGGUCCUAGCUCUCUUCCUCUAGUGUAGCUGUCUAUAACUUUUUUUCUUUGCCACUGCUGUCUCAUGUCCAAAGCUGAGCAGUUCUGGUUUUAAAUACUCAGCACUGUCUUAUGUAAAGGUUGCCAUGGCAAGAUGUCUAAAGUCCUAAAGACGAACUGGCAAAAAACCCAGAGGUAACCAAGCAACAGCCAAGCAGCUUGUAUGGCUGCACCAUUCAAACUUACAUCAGUCUAAUCUGGGUCAGUUAUUCACCCAGUCUCACUGAGGAUCUAUAUGGUCUGAAAAAGCUCCUUAUUCAACAAUGGGUCUUUUCUAUCAUUUUACAACAAGUCCAAAGCAGCAGCAGCAGGAGCCAGAAGCAGCUCCUCUCCAAGCAUCUGGGUGAGAAGGACCUCAUGCCACAUUCACAAUGCAUUGGACUUGCUGUAAAAACAAGCUUCCGACUGGAAAAAAUAUCACCACCCUUGUGCUUAAUACCAAAAGGACGCAUUUUAUGGCCUUGAAGUGGGAGAUGUUGGAGGAGGAACUCAUGCUUGGACAAAUGGGAUAAUGUAAUGUCAGAAAAGUGUUGCUUUUUUAUGUUGAUCUGACCCAGGUCUGUUAAAUGUUAAUGGGACCAAACUGUGUCAGGUUAUACAGUGGGAUGGCAGUUUAAAGACCUUGUUGAAAAUCUGUUUGAAAAUAGUUCAAAUGGAUUCAAAGUAUUUGAUGAGAUGUAAUUAUUUUCACAUGUCAGAUGUUUGAAGUGAUUGAAAUGUGCAGACGGCACGUAAAAGUAGGUAAAAGUCAUGUACUUCUCAUGUUUUUGUUAUUUAACAGUUGUAAACUUGGUUCAUCAGUAUCUGUCAAAUGUUGUGUACACAUGUUCUUGUGGGUUUUAACAUGAGCUGACCAUGCACCCAUUUUUCGAAACCUAUUAUGCUUCUGUUGCCCAAGUCUUAUAUAAUGUACUGUAUGUUCUGCCGUGUUUCCACAAGUAUUUACAGUAAAAGGUGUCGAGGGGUCACUCCUCUCUACAAAAGGA